ACGUUUUCUUCGGCUCGAGGUAAACUGUACAUCACCGGAAGUAGUUUUCUCCGUAGCGGAAGCGGCCGUGUGUUCUGUGAGGAGCGGAGAUCGGUGAGAGGACAUGGCGGAGGAGAUCAGAGACCCGGGCACAGUGACGUUUAAUGAUGUGGCCGUCUACUUCUCUCUGAGGGACUGGGAGCUGCUGGCCGACUGGCAGAAGAAGCUUUACCGCAACGUCAUGAAAGAGAUACAUGGAGCCCUCAAUGCAUUAGGGUAUGAGAUUGCUAAUCCUGGUAUUUUGGUGCGGAUCGAGCAGUCGGAUGAACCUUACUACGGGUCACAUGAUGACGUCUCGGAGCGCACUCAGAGGCCACAAUCACAGAAGUUAGAAGAAAACAUGGCCGACUGUGCCGAGUCCGUGUCUGAGCUUCCGCCCGUCAAACCUGACAUCUUACUGCGGGUGAAACUGGAGAAUGUGACCAAUGAGCAGAGCUACCGGACGUCCGCACCGCAGAUGGAGGAGGAGGAGGAGGAAGAGGAGGAGGAGGAGGAGGAAUCCAGCAGCGCAGUGUUUAACCCAGAGCUGGCUUUGUGGAUCAAGCAAGAGGAGGGAGUGAAAGCCGGGGAGCCCAGCUCUCCAUUGAAAGAGGACAGUGCGCUGCCAGCAGUGGAAGAUGUCAUCAGCCAUGGACAUCAUACCUCAGGUCUGGGAGAGACCAUAGAAAUGGGGCAGCCUUUGCCCGAGAUGCUGGUGGGGAACCUUUUACGCUAUUUCGAUGAUGAGAGGGAGAAACACGCCCGUCUUGUGUCGUUUCCUGGCCUGGCAAUUCAGCCGCAGCCCCUGGUGAUGGCUCCUGAGGAGGAGGGAUCUCAACUCUUUUCUAUCAACUGGGGUCUCCCAGGGAUGACUGACAGGUUUCCGGAGAGUCUGACCACCGGUCUGGAUGUGACCAACAAACAUCAUAAAUGUCCUUAUUGUGAGAAGAGCUUCCUGCGCAGCACUCAGCUGAGGGAGCAUGAGAGGACGCACACGGGAGAGCGACCCUACCAGUGCCUCAAGUGCCCCAAGAGCUUCAGCCGCAGCACCCAGCUGAAAGACCACCAGCGCACUCACACCGGAGAGAGACCCUUCCAGUGUACAGAGUGCGGCAAGACCUUCACCCACAGCUCCAACCUCAUCCAUCACCGGAGGACCCACACCGGCGAGAGACCACACAAGUGCAACAUGUGUCCUAAGAGCUUCAGCCAGAGUUCUGACCUCAACCGGCACCAGCGUACCCACAUGGCCGGAGACCGCCCGCACCAGUGCACGCGAUGCCACCGGACGUUCAUAUACAAGUCUCAGCUGCGAAUGCACAGCCGGGUCCAUGUGGUGGAGGACAUCCUGCAGGGGGUAGAGAGGGGGGCUGGAGCUGAGGACGUGACCUGGAACAACCCACCCCCAUGAGCCAUCACCAUGCCUGAGUUGUCCCUCACUUAGUGCUCUUGAAUGUUAUGAAUGUUUAAGUGCCCCCAUCACCACCACCACCCACCCUUAUGUAAGGGUCACAUGACAUCAUCAUAGCACAAUACUUAACAGUCAGAGGCACCAUACGUUCUGGCCAAGGUGUGAUGUGAAUACUGGGUGCAGCCUGAACCCCCACAGAUCAGCUAAAGGUUGUACGGUCCUAGAAGGCUCCAGUUUAUAGUUCAUAUAGGGGUAGGUAGCACCCUCUGCAGGCAGGUAUGGAUGAUGCAGCUGGAGAGAACCUUACCCCAUUAAUACCUGGAUAAUCCCUUAGUGCUCUUCACCCUCCAGACACUAAACAAUCAGUAUAAUUUGUUAUAGACUCCUUCAUCUCUACUGCCUGGGAUCGGUGAUGUCCCCCCUAUUACCACCGUGUUUGGCUUUGGCAGGGUUAAUACCGGAGCAGCAGAAUAAUAUCAACUACUUUACACCCACACAAAGAAAACGAAAUAAAACCCUUAAUAAGAUGAUGCUACCAAACCUAUAGUCCAACACUACAAAAAAUGCCAAAACUUCACUAAAUAUCCAAAAACCUGCUAAAUCUUUAUUAAUAACCACAUAAAUUACAAAUACAACAGGACCCUCCCAUUUAUAAACAACCCACCCUUAAAACACAAACACCCACAAAGAGGUGAGGGACAGCCGACCAAAACAAGUCCUAGCCCAAUAUACAGUGUCUUAAAGUCCAUAUGUAAUGAAAUCAUAAAAGACCUGGUCACAUGGUAUUACCUGAAGUAGCUCUGCUGGACUUUAGUCGGAUCGUCUGCUUCCCAUCACCCCCUCGCGCGUUUCAUGUCUUCCUCAGGAGAUGGGGGAACAAUAAUAUGCAGUGUCCUUUUAUAUCCCUGUACCACCAUCAGCGCAUGCGUCCAGUCCGAUUGCCACCUGUGACCCACUGCAUCCCUUCUAACAGGCAGCCAGUGCUCCACAGCUCCGCCGGAACCAAGAGCAUGCGCACUGGUAAGGGGAUAUUUUCAAUUAAAGCAGUGCGCAUGCGCACUGAAAUAUAAUAAAAGAUAUACCCAUGCAUGUGGACAAAAACAAUGUGAUCUCAAUAUAAAUAUAUACAAAAAUCCAUAAUCUGUGACCAUGAACCCAAUUAUGAUUAGAACAUAGAUAAAUGCAUAAUUACAAUACAAAAACAUUAUAGUAUUCAAUAUGUGUAAGAAGUGAUAAAUGAUAUAGAUAACCAAAAUAUGAAAUAUGUGUACUCACCCCCCCCCCCAAACACAAACAAGGGACCCCACUCUACCCUCACCUAGUGUAAUACCCCCUUAUACCAGAUCAAAAGCGUAGUUAAGGUGGUCAUACAGACCAAUGGUUAAUUUUAAUAAUGGUGGGUAAGGGUAUCCUCACUAUUCAUUGCCACCUGCCACUCGCUAGCUAUGGUAAGGAAGCCUGAGUGUACCUGCAAUAUGCCCUCAGGAAAUAUUACCUACACACUAUGAAAACUAAACACUUCUCAUUGCCCCAGAGGACACCACAAGUGUGGUGAAACAUGGGGGCAAAUU